CAUUUGAUUCUCAACUAAUCGGAACUCCAUCGACGGACCAUCCGAAGACCUGAGAAGUGAGUACUCAAUCCUCGCUGCCGAGUGUUCUAUAUAGCCUGUGGCGCGUGGCUAAUUUAAAACAUGUCUGGCUCUCGUGAUAAUUGGAGGAAGGAAAUAAAAACAAACAUUUAGAGAGGUUUCGAUAUAGCAUCUGAAAUCUUUUCUGUGUUUAGGGCUCAUUAACCGCCAAAUGUCGUUUACGAGUUUCAAACAAACCCUAAAACGUUGUUCUGAUUUCCCUAAUCCUUCUUCAUCCCAACCUUCAAUUCUCAAUGAAGAUUUAAAAUCACCACAACUUCCAAGAAAACCCCCAAAAUCUUCUCUUUCACAACAACUCCAACGACUUCAAGAUCCUCUAUCUCUUCCCCCACCAAAACAGAAUCAAGAGCAACCUGUGAAGGAAAAUGCACAAGAAGUUGACGAUGAUGAUGACGGUGAUGCAGAAGAAAGUGGUAUUGGAAUUAGUAGAGAACCAGUUUCUACUCAUUUUCAAUUUGAUCCAACUGGACCCUUUGAACCCAUGGUCCUUUCUUCCCCCGGCGAGUCUCCAGUAGUUCAGGUCCCUGCAGCUAUCAACUGCCGUCUACUUGAGCAUCAGAGGGAGGGAGUGAGAUUCUUAUAUGGUUUAUAUAAGAAGAAUCAUGGCGGUAUUCUUGGAGAUGACAUGGGUCUAGGGAAAACCAUCCAAACAAUUGCUUUUCUGGCUGCUGUAGUUGGGGAUGAAGCUGAAAAUGGUGACUCUAAAAUGUUAAAGCGUGUAGGGAAAAAGAAUCCUGUACUGAUUAUUUGCCCUACUUCGAUUAUUCAAAAUUGGGAAAAUGAAUUCUCUAAAUGGGCAAAGUUUAGUGUUUCUGUUUAUCAUGGAGCAAAUCGCGAUCUCAUAAUCGAGAAGCUUGAAUCACAUGGUAUUGACGUAGUCAUUACUAGUUUUGACUCAUUCAGAAUUCACGGUAAAAUCCUAUCAGAGGUCGAUUGGCAUAUUGUAGUUGUGGAUGAGGCACACAGGUUAAAAAAUGAUAAGUCGAAACUAUACGGUGCUUGCUUAGGAAUAAAAACCAGAAAUCGCUAUGGCCUAACAGGAACUGUAAUGCAGAAUAAAAUCAUGGAGCUGUUCAAUCUUUUUGAUUGGGUUGCACCUGGUUCCUUAGGCACGAGGGAACAUUUUCGGGACUUUUAUGAUGAGCCACUUAAGCUUGGUCAAAGGUCCAGUGCUCCGGAAAGAUUUGUCCAGGUUGCUGAUGAGCGCAAGCAGCAUCUAGCAUCAGUUCUCCGGAGGUAUCUAUUAAGAAGAACCAAGGAAGAGACCAUUGGACAUUUAAUGAUGGGCAAGGAAGAUAAUGUUGUGUUUUGUGCAAUGAGCGAUCUGCAAAGACGUGCAUACAGGAGGAUGUUGCAGUUACCAGAUAUCCAAUGUCUGGUAAAUAAGGAUCUUCCCUGUAGCUGCGGAAGCCCUUUAAAACAGGUGGAAUGUUGCAAUAGGAUUGUACCAAAUGGCAUAAUCUGGUCUUAUCUUCAUAGGGAAAACCCUGAUGGUUGUGAUUCAUGCCCAUUCUGCCUCGUUCUUCCUUGCCUUGUGAAGCUUCAGCAGCUUAGCAAUCACUUGGAGUUGAUUAAGCCUAACCCGAAGGAUGACAUAGAGAAACAAAAGAAAGAUGCAGAAUUAGCUUCUGCUGUCUUUGGUACUGAUAUUCACUUGGUUGGUGGCAAUACCCAAAGCGAGAGUUUCAUGAACCUUAGCGACGUUGAGCACUGUGGAAAAAUGCGAGCUUUGGAGAAGUUAAUGUCUACUUGGGUUUUACAUGGUGACAAAAUUCUUGUGUUCAGCUACUCUGUAAGAAUGCUGGAUAUACUGGAAAAAUUUCUUAUACGCAAAGGAUAUUGCUUCUCUAGACUUGAUGGUUCAACCCCAACGAGUUCCCGUCAGCCCCUUGUUGAUGAUUUCAAUUCAAGUCCAAGCAAGCAGGUCUUCCUUAUAUCAACCCGAGCUGGUGGUCUGGGACUGAAUCUCGUUAGUGCAAAUCGUGUUGUUAUAUUUGAUCCAAAUUGGAACCCUGCGCAAGAUUUACAGGCGCAAGAUAGGUCAUUCCGUUAUGGGCAGAAACGGCAUGUUGUGGUUUUUCGCCUUCUUGCUGCUGGUUCCCUUGAGGAGCUUGUAUAUUCACGUCAGGUCUACAAACAACAGCUAUCAAAUAUUGCUGUAUCUGGAAAAAUGGAAAAAAGGUAUUUUGAAGGUGUCCAGGAUUGCAAAGAAUUUCAAGGGGAGCUUUUCGGAAUCUCCAAUCUAUUCCGUGAUUUAUCUGAUAAGCUUUUCACCAGUGAGAUCAUUGAAUUAAAUGGAAAACAUGAUCAAAACCACGGAAAUCAUAAUGAUCAAGCUGAGGAUAUAGUCGGGACAUGUCCUCCUUCAAAUGAAGAGAAUGAAACAUCUCCCGCGGAUUCUAAGGGCAGCAGAUACGACAACUUGGAUGUUGCUGUCUCAAAUAAAACAACAAUGCUCGAAGCUUUAGGAAUUGUAUACACUCAUCGCAAUGAAGACGUCGUCAAUUAUAAACCCGUAGUUCAAGCAAAGAAAGAUAUGACAGUGGCUGAACCUGAUAGCACCCAACAUCAGAGAGUCACAUCUUCAGUAAAAAUGCAUAGUAAAUCAACUUCAGAUUUAAGUAAGCGAGAAUUAUCUUUGUCCAAGAAAAAGAGCCAGUAUAGCUGUCUUGCCCAGUUUAUGGGCAUGACUGAUAUCAAAUUCAGCAAGUGGUUACUGUCUGUGUCAAAUUCUGAAAGAGAAAAAGUGCUUCGAGACUACAAAAAGCAGAAGGAAAAGAUUCAAAAUGGUUGAAGGGGUUGACACCACAUUAAUUACCAUCAUUCUGCAGCGGUAUUUGUUCCACGAGGUAUUUGUAUAUAAGUGUUCUCCAACUCUUUUAAGUUCAGUUGUUUUAUACUAGUAUAGUGUGCAAAUUAAUAUGCUGGAACAGAAACAGUAAUCCUAACUCAUGAUGUAAUGAGGAUUAAAGCUUUCAGGGGUAUCAGAAUCUCAAGAAUUUAUUCCCUA